GUCAUUCUACAUUGAAUUAGUUUGUUUUCUGCCGUUAACGAAAAAAGUUCAAAUUAUUUUUAAAAUUAAAAUUUAAAAAUAAAUAUUAGAAAAUAGGAAAUAAUAAUUCAUAAAUAAUCGAUUAUCAUUCAAAAUGCCGGCAAUUGAAAAAGUUUCUACGGAAAAACAUGAAGGUGAUGCAAUUUGUGUGGCCUUUUUUAAUAAUCAAGUAUUUUCUGGUGGUGCUGAUGGUAAAAUUAAAAUUUGGGAUAGUGAUUUGAAUCUAAUUAAAACGGUCGAUGCACAUGAAUCCUACAUUUAUGCUCUGGCCAUUAAUAGCAAAGGUAAAUUGUACUCGAGUUGUUGUGAUGGUAGCGUUAAAUUUAUGCAACCACCCUACGACAAAGUUGAAGAUCUCUUUCAUUGUGACGACGUAAUACAAGCCAUGUACUGUGAGGAAGAUAUAUUGUAUACCGGUGAUGACAAGGGUGUUGUAACGAAUUGGGAAAAUGAUAAAAUGUUGUUCAAGUUCAAUCUGGUAGAGGAGGUAAAAGGUUUGGCGGCCGAACAAGAUUGGAUAUACACAGUGCGUGAUUUGGAUGUGGUAAUAUCACAAGUGGUUUCCGGAAAAUCGGGAAAAUAUAAUACAAAAGCAGUAAAACCUGGUAAAUCACCGUUGUGUUUAUUGGGUCCCAUGGAUGAGGGUCGACACAAGUAUGUGGCAUUUGCUGAUCGUACGGGCAAAGGUAUGACCUUAAUACACAAUACACCCCGUGAGAAAUUCAAUGUUAUAUGGGAUGCUAAUGACUGCCAUGAAUUGAUUAUAAAUGGCAUUUGUGGUGAUGAUAAGUAUUUAUACACUGGUGGUUAUGACAACAAGGUUAAGGCCUGGUCUGAGCUGGAUGGAAAGAAACCCAAGGCAUUGGGAGAAGUUGAAGUUGGCAGCUGUGUGAAUGCUCUUUGUAGUGGAGCCAACAAUACGGUCUAUAUCGCCUCCAGCGAUGGUGUAAUAAGACGUGCUAAAUUUAUUUAAAGAAAAAACUUGUUAAAUGUUUUAAGUAGUUUUAAGAUUAUUAAAUAAAAUUAACAAAUGUAC